AUGGGUCUCCGGGUCGGUGUCAUCGUCUGCGCGACGAGCUUUCUACUAGGGUGCUUCCUCUCGCAUUGGAUUGCCGAUUCAGUGACCUUGUGGCAGGUGCCCCUGACGGAUGAGCACCUCCAGGUAGCAGCAGAUUACUAUGCAAUUUUAUCAACUAUGCCUAUAUACAUGAGACUUGUAUUCGUUAUGAUCGGCUUCGUUUCUGCCAUCGCAUUGUCGUUGAACCUCCUCGAUGGUCGGGCCGGGAACAUCAUGUUUGAUGGAGGAAGCGUGUUUUUGUGCUUCUGUACUCUUGUGGUGUGGUUCUGGUCAUGUCUCCCUAGUGAGUGUGCAUCAAAUAUCGAAAAACUCGUACCGAGGCGACAGUUCGAAACCCCCUUUCCUGCAGAGUAUCGCGAGGACAUCCUUGAAAUCGCGUCGAAGAAUCUCGUCUGUAGUGUCGCCCUAACGGGCGUCAUGCUACUUCAAGCCGGCCGAGAGUGGGCUGAGGUCAAAGCUCCACAACCGACACCCUCUUCCCUUUCUGGCGCCGAGGAUCCGUCGACAGAAAUUCAAAUAUCCGAACAAAGCAGAGGAGAUUCUGCUGUCGUUGACGAGGUGCAUCUCCAUCCACUGGAUGCUGGCAAAUUGCAACUCAAAAACGCGUGGCGGGGCCGUCGACGAAGCCACCAUGAUCAUUUGGACCAGGAUGUUGAUGACUCUGCAUCCAAUGCGUCUGGAUCAAGCAACACGCGCCGAUCUCGGAGCCCCCGCAAACGGGAAGCCAGCAGCCGUCAAAAGCGGUCUGGCAUGCAAUUGCGGAAACGUGUAUCUGGACCUGAUCAAGCGAGCAGCUCCACUUAA